AUGGUAACGCAAGAGAAAUCCGUGGUAGGGAUUGGUGCGGAGCUCAAACUGCUGGGCAGUUUCGACGUCGUAUGGAAAUAUCUGGGGCAGUCGGAUGAAAGUGCACCAGCGCCUUCACCAUCGACAGUCGACGAUAAUCAUGGCACGGAAUCAGAUGUUUCCAAGUUCUCAUACGCCGUCAUUUCUAACCAAGCGAGUUCGUUCAAAACAGGCUCCAUCCUGCUCUACAGCACUUCGAAUCGCAGUGUCACCCUCUUCCCAGACAAAACCAUCGUCAAGUCAGGCAAAACCAUUUCCCUCGAAGAAGCUGAAGCCAUCCAAGUUGCCGCUCUUGCAGGACUGCCCGUGCCCGAAAUCCUCACCACCGACAGCCAGCCCGGCGGCAUCAACGUUCUUCAGAUGAGCCAGGUCGAUGGGCGGCCCUUGUCAGAAGUAUGGCGGACCAUGACGCUUCUGACGAAGCGUAGCAUUGCCCUCCAACUCCGCAGUAUGCUCACCACCAUGCGUGCAUUACAGGCUCCCCCUAGAUUGGUGGGUGCCUGUAGUGGUGGCCAAUUCCGGGACUCGAGGCUCUGCCACUCGCACUACUUCCCGUCGUUGGUCAAGGAGGACGAGUUCAACAAGUACCUGAUAUCAAACUUAUCACAUGUCACGCCGAGGCCGGUUCGGGAUGCCUUCACCAGACAACAGAGGAAUGGCCAUCGUAUUGUCUUUACACAUGGGGACUUGAGCCCCAGAAACAUCAUCGUGUCCAACGAUAGGAUUGUGGGGCUGGUUGAUUGGGAGGAAGCAGGUUGGUUCCCCGAAUACUGGGAGUACGUGAAAUUCUUCUUGAGGACGGGUGCAGAAGAUGGAGACUGGCCAUCGUAUGCGUACGAGAUUUUCCCCGAAGUAUAUCAUGACGAAUUGGUUUUAUACUUUUCCAUUCUGCAAUGGCAGUCGCCCUAG